AAUCAGAAUGAUAGACGAGAGAGGAUUGUAAAGAUAAGUCGUGAUAUAACUAUCAAUAGUAAGAAGGUGAUAUCUACAUUACAGAGUUAUUGCUUUGAAGAUCAACAACAAUUGAUAGAUCAAUCGAAUAAGGAUCUGGAUAAGAUAAAUAUGAUGAUUGCACAGAUAAUGAAAGAGUUGGAGAAUGAGGAGUAUUGGAAGUAUCAACGAUCAUUCACAUGGGGACUUCAAGAGUACAUUGAAGCCGUAUCAUUCCAACACUAUCUAAUGACUCGUAAACUAGUCACUCUUGAUGAGAUACACAACAAGAUAAAGAAGUCAAUUGGAAAUGAAACAAUAGGAACGAUAAUAACGAUUGAGGACUAUUUACUUGGACUGGCAGACCUCACCGGAGAGUUGAUGAGAUAUGCAACAAACUGCGUGACACAGAAGAACUAUGAAGAAUGCUUCUUGGUCAAUGAGUUUGUAAGGACCAUCUACACUGGACUAAAGUAUAUACAUCUUUCAAAAGACCUUCAAUCAAAGGUUACAAUGGUUGAGGGCAAUCUACAAAAGGUCGAGAAGAUCUCUUGUAGUAUCCGAAUCAGACGAUCAGAAUUCCCAAACAGUGAUAUGAUGAUGAUCCAGAGCACUGAU